UUUCAAUUUGAUCGAAUUUUUUUUUAUUCGAUAGUUUUUCAUAUUUGCAAAUUGGAAGUAUAUUAUUCAUAUUUACAGAAGUGGCCAUGAAAGAAUGUGGCUUUCAUUUCAUCGUGUUCCUAAACGCUCCACAAAUGCUCACUUCAUCGACAAGAUAAAGCGAGGGAAGGCUGACCUGCUCUGUAAUGGCGUCCCUUCUCAGCCCAUCAACUCCGCCAUCCGCCAUUAAUCUCAAACGCAAGGUGAAUCUUCUCAAUUUCAGUUCUAUAUCUACAAACUCUUCAUUAAAAAAAUCUGGGAAAAUUGAAAGAGUUGGUGGUUGUGGUUAUCAUGGAAUUUGCUUUACAACAAGAGCCAAGGGGGGAGUUGAGCAAGAUGUGCUUGAGAAGAGUAAAGAGCCAAUUGAAAUUGAUGUUGAGAACGAUUAUGGAGCGGUUGGCGUUCACCACGUUGGAGUACUCUGCGAGAAUCUGGAGAGGUCACUUCACUUUUAUCUAAAUAUUCUAGGUCUUCAAAUAAACGAAGCAAGGCCACACGAUAAGCUUCCUUAUAGAGGUGCUUGGUUGUGGGUGGGUGCUGAGAUGAUUCACUUGAUGGAACUUCCAAACCCUGAUCCUUUAUCUGGACGACCUGAACAUGGAGGCCGCGAUCGUCACACUUGUAUCGGAAUAAGGGACGUAUCAAAGUUGAAAGCAAUCCUUGAUAAAGCUGGUAUUCCCUAUACGCUUAGCAAGUCAGGAAGGCCAGCAAUCUUUACAAGAGAUCCAGAUGCAAAUGCUUUAGAAUUUACUCAAGUGGAUGGCUGAUUGAGUUCUUGUCAAAUAGACUCCUUUUACUAUCUAUGAGCUUCCACUGCUUUAAACACCUCACGAUCUUCAAAUCACUGAAAAGGUCAGUUGCAAUAUACUAUGGGUUCGGAUGAACAAACAACAUGAUAUCAUCUUACUGCAAGGAAACUAGAAUAUGAAUAUAUGUAUGCAUGUCGUGUACAAGUAAGCCAGCAAUAUGCUAUAGCCUGUAAAUGUAUAAACCGAGCAUCUUCUCUUCUGAAAAGAUUAUCUCUGUAUUUCUCUUUUUUUCUGUAAGCCAUAAUAUUAGUGGUGUCUUACUGGUCUAA